CGAGCCGGUCCGCGCGCGCGCUGCUUUCGUGAUCGCCCGUUUCCACUCCACGUUGCCCCCACGUCCAGCGCACGUCCCUACGUCCACUCCACGUCCAAGUUCUAAGUUGCCGUCGCUUCGGGUUCGCCGCGCGCCGUUGAGUGCCGCCUCCAGAACCCCCCCCCCCUUUCUUCGACGCGGCUGUCUUGUCGCUUCGCCGAAUGGAGUCCAUGUUCUUGGAUGAAGGAUGAAAAGAAGGUACAAAGAUGUGACGAUGGGAAACUACGAACAAAGCAUCCUCAUAUAUCUCACUCUUUUACUCAUUGGUGUGCGGAGCGGCCGGGGUCAGUGCAGCAAGGACGAAUAUAGGAAGUGCGUCACAAUGGCUGACCCCCUACUGCAAGAGUCGCGGCUCAUCUACCCGGACAACAUGGCCGACAUCGACAACGUCUGCAGGACAUGGAGUAUGUUCGUGGAUUGUGUGAAGAGGUACACGGAUAAGUGUUUCACCGACCAACGACGACAGGAGUUCAACAGGGCCGUUGAGCUACCGGUCGAUUCCGUCCAUCAGAUGUGCACUGACUCCGACUACCAACAAGAGUAUUUAAAGCACGCAAAGUGUAUGAAAGCCACGCUGACAGAGGACUCCCACUGCGGCAGGCAUUACAGGCAUCUCGUUAACCAAGUUUCAGGUGAAGCCGCCAGACCCAGCUUAUGUUGCUCUCACCACAGGUUUCGUGAGUGCGUAAUGGACCAGACGCGUCGCACGUGCGAUCCUGAUGCAGCACCUUAUGCCAAACAAAUCUUAGAUAAAGCAAUGAGUUUCCUUCGAGAGCAGUGCUCUACUUACAUACCGAAUCGGAUAGACUGUCCUGGAGCGGACUUCUACAAGCAGCCACCCUCAAUUAUCCAGGCGGAGCAAAGGUGGCCCCCGGCGGUGCGACCCACUCCCGGGCCGGGCCCCCUCCCCAUGGGGGGCAUCAACAUGGCCGGCAUGGGGUCUCAGUGGCAACCCCCACCCCCAUUGACCCCCGCCGACGGCAGGGCAGGCUCAACCAAUCUACGCGUAGAGUGGCCGAGCAGCGUGCAGGCGACGUCGUGGGCCCCGAGCGCCCGCCCCCUGCCUGGCGGCCCCGGGCCCGGGGGGCCGUUCGCGACGACGCCGCCCCCGCGAGCGCCGACGGAUGACGUCAACGGCGUGACGCGCUCGAGUUUCGGGCGGGGGAUGUCCUGGUCCACGCCGCAGACGACGCCGCCGACGGAGCAGCCCUCCUGGCGGGUCUCCUCCAGCUUCUCCACCGAGCAGCCCUGGUACCCCGAGGUCAACCAGGACGUCCUCUCCAACACCAUCGACGAGCCCAACCAGCAGGGGCUCGCCCACCAGAACGCUGGCUCCUCCCUCGGCUCCGCCCCCGCCGGAGUCCUCCUCCGGGCCCUUUCCAUGGGACUCCUCAUUUGUAGGUUAGGCUUCCUGUGAGGAAUUGUCUGGAUCCAUGGAGGAAGUCGGAAAACACCAAAAUAAACCACUAGGCAAGAUUAGCAGUAUCCAUAUACAGCUCCAAUUGGACCGCGUUUAACGGAAAGGAACCAAGCCACAUCAGAUAUUGCCGAAUUUAAAAGUUCUCUCCAGUUGAUCACUGGGAGAACAAC